GUUCGAGUCCAUAUUAGAAAUGAUGGAUAUUUUUCUAUUUUUCCUUGAUUUUAAACGACAAUCUUUGUAUCCCCUAGUAUUUUCCAUGUAGAUUUUCAAUUAAAAAUGUCCGUAAUCAUGGAAAACAGAAAUAUCAGUGAUAAAAUUGAAGCUUACUUUUCGGAGCUAGGGCGACGGAUAGUGUGGCGAAAUAUUAUGCUGGGACAGAUAUUGUCUUUCUUAUUAAGUGGCAAGUGUAUAUUAACAACACUGCUUCAGAGUGCUACAUGGCAAUUUCCCACCACGGCUCAGCUGAUUAUUCCAUAUUUAUUGCUGUUUAUUUUAUUUACACCAUCUUUACUAUGUGCGGACUUCAAAAAAUUUACCAAAAGAUGGUGGGUGUUAAUCAUAGCGUGCACAUUGGAUGUGGAAGCAAGCUGGUUGUUGGUGAUGUCACAAAGGUUCACAUCUGUACUUAGCUGACAGCUGCUUGCCUGCAGUGGUGUGGGCGCGGCCUUAGUUGGUGGGGCAUGGAGGGGGCAGAGGCUGGGAGUUGUUCAUGUGGCAGGAGCUACAGUAGGUCUAAUGGCUGUUGUUUGUGUGGUCUGGGCAGAUGUGGAAGGUGCACCUACAGAUGGUAAAAAUCAGCUUGUAGGUGACAUGCUUUGUCUGGCAGGUUCAUUGCUCUAUGCCUUGGUGACCAUUCUUCAAGAGAUGAUGCUGACCAAACAAUCUUGCUCAGAAUAUUUGGCUUUACUUGGAUUUAUUGGAGGAGUUGUUUCUUGCACUCAAACAUUUCUCCUAGAAUUUAACGAACUUCUUACCUUUAAUUGGUAUGACUUGGAGACUAUUGUACAAUUCGGCAGUUUCUGUGGAUUGCAGACUAUAUUUCAGAUACUACAGAGUUUUAUGCUACGAGAUGCAGGAGCCAUUAUUCUACAUCUCUCGUUUUUAUCAUCUGACUAUUACACACUUAUUGCAGGGAUGUACAUUUUCCAGUUUAAGUUUCAUGCGCUCUACUUCUUAUCAUACCUCCUGGCAAUGGUGGGGGUGUUCCUGUUCAGUUCAAGGUCUACAAAGGCCCCACCUUCCCCGGAAGCUUUGCCGCAGAUUGUGAAUGAUGCAGUACGCUCACAGGAUAAUGUGUCUCUGGAAUACACAGUACCGACAUUGGAUUGUAUACCUAUAGAAGGGCUCGAGCCACCGAUGAGUAGAGAUACAACAUUUACAUCAUUCCUCGGAGCACCACAGACUAGCGUACCCAAUGGUAAUUUACUUUCGGGACAAUCACAUGAUAACCAAAGUCCUUCUAAAGAUUCUUAGACAUGUAAUUGUAUGUUUCAAUGUGUAUCUGAGUUUACAUUGUUGAUACACCUGUAUAAAAACAUUAUUUGCAAAAG